AUGAAGAGCAGGCGUCGUUCCUCCUCCUCCUCAUCCUCUUCUGCUCUUGUUUGCAGUGGGGUGGCCAGAUCCGACAGCAAGAUCAGUGCCAAGACCCUGUUCGAACAGCGAAAGAAGUACUCGAACUCGAACGUCAUCAUGCAAGAGACGUCGCAGUACCAUGUGCAGCAUCUCUCUACAUUCGUCAUGGAUAAAACAGAGGCCAUCGCUACAGUAGAAGAUGCCAUUAAAAAGCUGAAGCUGCUAGACUCCAAAGACAAAAUCUGGACACAAGAAAUGCUUCUGCAGGUGACGGACAAAUCCAUCAAACUGCUGGACUGCGAGACCAAGGAAGAGCUUGAAAACUUUCCUCUGGCCACAGUUCAUCACUGUCAGACGCUCCUGAACCAGACCAGAUAUCCUUCAGUUCUUCUGCUCGUCUGCCAGGACAAUGAACAGCACAAGCCAGACAUUCACUUCUUCUACUGCGACGAGGUGGAGGCCGAGAUGGUGCACGCUGACAUCGAUAGCGCUCUGGGAGACAAUGCACGUGGCAAGAAGAUGCGACCGCAGACGCUAAAGCUGAACCAAGAAAAAAUGAAACAUCAACGAGAAAGCAUCAUCCCACCCUCCGAGCCAAGUCCUGGCCCUGGAGUCAAAGGUCGAGUAGCAGCAACAGACAUGAAAGAUGAAUUGUCAAUGCAGGACCCCGAGUCCAACAUGAAACUGGCCCAGCGGAUCGAGAAGGAUGUGCAAAUCCUGAACUGCUCUCUAGACGACAUUGAGAUCUUCGUUGCGCGUCUUCAUAAAGCGGCAGAGGCUUUCGCACAACUCAACCAGCGCAACAGGAGCAAGAAAAACAAGAAGAGAGGACCGGCAGAGGGAAUGCUAACUUUAAGAGCUAAGCCUCCAUCAGAAGCUGAGUUUGUCGACUGUCUACAGAAGCUGAAGCUGUCUUUCAAUCUGCUGGCCAAACUGAAGAAACACAUUCAGAACCCCAACGCUUCAGAACUAAUACACUUCCUGUUUGGACCUCUGGAAUUGAUCCUGCAGAGUUCUGGCAGUCCCGAUCUCCCACGCGCCAUCAUCUCUCCUCAUCUGUCCCGGGACGCUGUGGACUUCCUGCGGGGACACCUGACCCCUAAAGAGAUGACCAUUUUUGAGCUGCUUGGAGAAGGCUGGACCAGGCCCAGAGCUGAUUGGCCUAGAGAUCAAUGCGCUCCUCUAUAUGUCCCGAAGUUCCGCAACGGAUGGGAGCCGCCGGUGGAAUUAUUCCGCACGUCGCCAUGGGAGACGGAGAGCAUCGGUGUACCCAAAUCUCCAGUACAGUCAGAAUACAGGAGCAAAGAGUUCUUCGGAUCGCAGUCAUCGCCCUCUUCGAAUGGGUCUUAUUCACCGUCUCCUGCUCCUCGGAAGUAUGCAAAAAUCCGCUACCACUUUGUGGCACGAAAUGCAAAUGAGCUGUCGGUGCUACAAGAUGAAAUUCUGGAGGUGCUGGAGGAUGGUAAACAGUGGUGGAAGUUGAGGAACAGAAGCGGCCAGGCUGGAUAUGUGCCCUACAAUAUCCUGGAUGUGGUCAAACUUGAGGACCCUCAAGCCAUGAUCGACCCGCCUUACAGUCCGUCGUACCGUGGACAGUCGCCGUCCGGCUCGCAGGGCAACGAUAAAGACAGUCACACUCAGCAGAUGGAUAAAGUGAACGAUGAGCUGCUCAUGUUGAUCACCGGUAAUAAGAUUCAUCAGCCCACCAGGAACUUUAAGGUGGUCCGUCAGUCCGCAGGUCCCCUCAGCUUCGACUCCGGUCCAGCAGAGGUCACCAGCUGGCUCAACGCCAAGGGAUUCUCCAAACCGACGGUGGAGCGUCUGGGCAUUCUGACCGGAGCUCAGCUCUUCUCUCUGAAUAAAGAUCAUCUGAAGGCUGUGUGUGGAGAUGAAGGAUCCCGCGUCUACAGCCAGAUCACUGUCCAGAAGUCACAGCUCGAGAAGAGUCGAGGAGUUUCCGAGUUGGAGGAGAUCAUGAUCAGGCAGCAGGAGAAAAUCAAAUCCACCAAAUGAGCGUCGCCUGGACUGCCAAUCAAACCGGCAACAGGAACCGUCAGCUCCAACCCACCAAUGAACUUAGACAAUGUAGAUUUAUGCCACAAGCUUCCGCGAAACAUCUAAUCCAAGAAAUUUUGUAAUUGUAUAUUUAUUGUUGGUGCUUUUUAUUGUUAGUGUACGUACAGACCUUAUCAUAAUAUAUCAUCAUAUACGUUCUCCCGUU